AUGUUCUCUAGCAAAGAUGCCGUAAAUCCAGGAUAUCCCACGCAGUGGGCUUUAAAUCCGACUGCAUAUCAAAAUAUAGAUUCAAGUCAAGUAGAUUGGGCAGCUUUAGCACAACAAUGGAUUGCUAUGAAAGAAGCCGCUGUGAUUGUGUCAACGCCACAGUCAAAAGCCGAUGUGGAAGAGGGCGAAGCACCAAUGGAAGUAGAAAAUCCGGAGUCCGGCGAACCACCUAUCGGCGCAGGCCCCGAGUGGAAUGCCUCAACCAACUCAUGGGGAGGUUCUUGGAAUCAGUGGGGAUGGGGUUGGAGUGGCUCGGGACCAAUGGACCCUAAAAUGGCAAGUGACCCUUCAAUAGCCAUGGGUCCUAUGAUGGAUAGCUAUCCCGUAGCUGAUAACAAUACAACCAUGCCAGGUUAUACGAGUGGUGCUGUGCCGACCCCAACAUUUCAACAUGGUUAUUGGACAGCUCAAAACUCUGACCAGUCGGGAAAUAACAGGAAUCGUGAAAGGAGAUCUAAGAGCAAAAAUAGAGAAAUUAAACCUACAAGAAGUAGAUCACAUAGAGAUAAGUUACCUUUAAUACCGCCUGUGAUGGAACCAUUGGUUAUGCCGACCCCAACAUCAACUAUUGAUGCGGCUAAAAGACGACAGUUACCUGCUUGGAUAAGAGAAGGCUUAGAGAAAAUGGAACGUGAGAAACAGAAGGCAAUAGAACGAGAACAAGAGAAGAAGGCAAGAGAAGAAGCAGAGAAGGAAAAGAAGAGGUUAGAAGAAGAAGAAUUAAAGAGGAUGAGGGACGCUGGGCAGAGUGUGCUACCGGCUAAGAGCAAAUUCGAUUCAGAUUCUGAGGGCGAAGCUCCACCUCCCCCCGCCCCAGCCGCCGUCCCUCCGCCCCUCGGACGAAAAUCAAAAGAGGAGGCUCUGCAGGAUGUGAUGUUAGCGGUACGUCGUUCGCUAACAGAGAUCCUGUUGGAAGUGACAGACAGCGAGAUACAAACGGUGAGCCAGGAAGAAGUGGCUCGGUAUAACGCCGCACAAGCGUCGCGACUCAACGCUAUGAAGGCGAGCAAGUCCAAGGCGCUCGCGUCCAUCGCCACUGGUCUCGGUCUUGGGGCGUACGAGAGCAGCGAAGACAGCGGCGACGAAGACCAACACGAUAUGUCCGAUCAGCAGUUACAGGAGAUCAUAAGACGGAAGCGUCAAGAGUUCGAACGUACUUCACGGGAGAUAGAGGCUGAGGUGAGACGAGCUGAACAGAGAGAGAACGAAGAAGAGGGCUCUCAGCAUCACGACACGCCGGAGAGACCGCGGAGAUCACGUUCUUCUGCUACUCCGCCGCCGGUGGAAAGUGACACGCCAGAGAAGAAACCUGAACGUCGACCGUCUAAAGAUAAGAGAAGCAAUCACAAGUCUUCUGAGAAAACGGAAAGGAAAUUGGACGUCAUACAAGAAGAUAAGACACCAAAGAAAACGAACAAAUACGAAACAACACCAACAACUAAAGCUAUCAAAUCGAGUUCAAACUCAAGUUCAAGCGACUCAGAUGAAGACUCAUCUAGUACAAGUAAAUCAUCGUCAGAGAGUGAACCGGAGGUAAAAGAAAACAAUAGGAGUAAAAAACGAAAACGUAGAAGCACCAGUUCAAGCGACACCAACAAGAAAUCAAAGAAACAUAAGAAGGAGAAAUCACACAAAUCCAGCGAGAAAAGUUACUCCAAGAAACAUCAGGAGGAAUACGAUAGGAAUGAGAAAUCUAGAUCAAAGAGAAAUGAUUAUGAAAAGCACAAACAUAGAAGCCGUGAUGAGAGAUCGCACAAAGACAAAUAUAGGGAGGAUUCAGACGAAGAUAGAUCGAGGAAGAGGUCCAAGCGUUCAGUGAGCUAUGAAUCAAGAUCGGGACGAAGAAAAAGUAGGGACAGAUCCGAAGAUAGAUCUCGAAGGCGCGACAAACGAUCCUACGACAGGGAUAGGUCUUACGAUAGGUCCAGGGACUACGAUAGGUAUGAUCGCCACGACAACUAUUCCCGCCAUCGCAGAUGA